CAUUUCCUCUUUAAAUGGAGACUUCUCUUUAGGAACUCAUUCCCACCCAAGCCCCCAAUUAAACUCCUCUCCUCUAUCACUCUCACCAACACCAUGAACAACACCUCAAACACAGACACAAACCAUUUUGUUUGUCAUCAAGAAGGUGAACCAGAAGAAGACCAAAAGGCCAAAACCAGCAAAGGCUACUUCACUCUUUUAGUCGUCAACUAUAUCUUCCUCUUCCUGGGCUCAGUCUCCGCUAGCCUUUUGUCAAAAUUUUACUUCAAUCACAAAGGCUCAAGCCGGUGGGUGUCUACUUGGGUCCAAUGCGGUGGCUUUCCCCUCCUUCUCUUCCCAAUCUUCCUCCCUUAUUAUCUCUUCAAAUGCACAAACCGCAAGCCCUUCUCUCAUUUCACCCCAAAAAUCUUCUCUUUAUCCAUCUUCAUUGGCCUUCUUUUAGGCGUCAACAAUCUUCUCUUUUCAUGGGGAAACUCUUAUUUGCCGGUCUCAACCUCUUCUCUUUUGCUUUCCUCACAGCUCGUCUUCAACCUCAUUUUCUCCGUCCUCAUCGCAAAGCAAAAGCUGACCUUCUCCAAUCUCAACGCAGUCACUCUCUUAACUUUAAGUUCAGUCCUUUUAGCCCUUGAUUCCGGCCAUGAUAAACCCUCAAAUUUGUCUAAAUCGAAGUACUUCAUCGGGUUUUUCUGCACGGUGGGCGCCGGUUUGCUCUUCGCCUUCUACCUCCCCGUCAUGGAGAUCAUCUACAAGAAAGUUUACUGCUACUCAAUGGUGGUGGAAAUGCAGCUUGUCAUGGAGGUCGCCGCCACGGCGUUGGCCACCGUUGGGAUGUCGUUCAGCGGCGGGUUUGCGGAAAUGAAGAGGGAGAGCUUGAAAGUGUUUGAUUUGGGGAAGAAAAUGUAUUGGGUUACGGUGUUUGGAAACGUGGUGACGUGGCAACUUUGCUUCAUGGGGACGGCGGGGAUGGUGUUUUUGACGUCGUCGCUGACGGGGGCCAUCUGCAUGACAGCGAUCUUGGCGAUAAAUGUGAUCGGAGGUGUGGUGGUUUAUGGAGAUAACUUCGGCGGCGUUAAGGUGGUGUCGACGGUGCUUUGUACUUGGGGAUUUUGUUCUUAUGUUUAUGGAAUGUAUGUGAAAACGAAGGAGGAGAAGGAGAGGAAGAGGGAGAAGAAUAAGGAAAUUAUUAAUGAUAAUGAAAAUAAUAUUAAUAAUAAUAAUAAUAGUAAUAAUAAUAAUGAAAUGGAGAUGGAGAUGGCCCAGAUUGUAACAACAGUAUGAUGAGGAAGAUGAUGAUGUAUUGUUAAUUAAUAUAAAUAUAAU